AUGGACCUGCCGCCGACGUACGUAGCGGACCUCUACCGCCACGUGCUCCUGGGCGUGAAGGCGUCGAAUGCGAUUCCGAGCGGCGAAGAUGAGUUUCAUUUUCAGUACAAGUUCAACGAGGCCUUCCGCGGCCAAGCCGACGCACUCGGCGAGCGCGUCACGACGCUUCUGCAGCAGCUGCAGCACGUCAACAACAAGCUCAAGUCAGACAACGACGACAACGAUGUCGCCGUGUUUGACCCGCUAGAAGAGAAUGGCCCGCUCACCGACCUCGUCGACUCGCUCCUCGAAGAUGCGUCCAAGCAGAUCGAGCGCUUCCAGAAGGGCGAGGUGCAGGCAACGCCCGCGGCGGCGACACCCGCUGCGCCAACGGCGGCCGUCACGACCAAUGCGGCGAUCAACAAGCCGCAGGAGAAGUUUGCAGACAAGAUUGACAACUCGGAUGCGCCGUUCGUGAGCAAGUUGAAGACCAAGGUGCACGCCGCGACCGUGGCCACGGAACAGGACACGACAGGGUCGGACGAGCCGUACCACCCGUAUCGAUCCGAAAUUGCAUCGCUCACGUACCAGCCGUGGCAGCUCGCGCCGUCGACCGAGAAGCGCGAAAUGAUCUCGCUCGAGAAGGCGACGUACACGUGGGUCGACACGGAAGAGGCGCUCGCGGCGAUGCUGGCGACGCUAUCAACAGCCGACAUCCUCGCGAUCGACCUCGAGCACCACAGCUACCGCUCGUACCAAGGGUUUCUCUGUCUCAUGCAGAUCUCGACGUGGGACGCCGACUGGCUCGUGGACACGCUGGCGCUGCGCGCGCACCUCGAGGCGCUCAACACGAUCUUUUGCGACCCGACGAAACUCAAGGUGCUCCACGGCGCCGACAUGGACAUUCUCUGGCUGCAGCGCGACUUUGGCGUGUACAUUGUCAACAUGUUUGACACGGGCCAGGCCGCGCGCUGCCUCCAGUACCCGCGCUUCUCGCUCAAGUACCUCCUCCAGACGCACUGCAAUGUGACCGCCGACAAGCAGUACCAGCUCGCCGACUGGCGCGUGCGUCCGCUGGACGACCCGCUCGUCAAGUACGCCCGCGAAGACACGCGGUACCUCCUCUUCAUUUACGAGAACCUCAAGCGCGAGCUCGUGUCGCACAAGAGCGGCGCGACCAAUCUGCUGCACCAAGUGUACGCACAGUCGGCCGCCGUCGCGCUCUCCGUGUACGAGAAGCCCAAGGUGCCAACGUUUGACGAGCUCUUUGACAUGGCGCUCAAGCUCAAGAGCACGGUGGGCCUCGAGACGAUUUCGGACAACCAAGCGCACAUCUUUGAGCAAUUGUACCUCUGGCGCGACACCCUCGCACGCGCGCUCGACGAGUCGCCGGGCUACGUGUGCCCCAACGCGGUGCUUUUGAAGAUCAUGAAGGGUGUGCCGACAACGCCCGCCGCGCUCUUCCGCCUCUGCAACCCGGUGCCGCCGCUUCUCCGCAAGCACGCGCACGAGCUCACGUUGCUCAUUGCGCGCGAAGCGUCGGCGCCCACUACCGCUGUGGCUCCGGUGGCACUUGCGAAGAAGAAGACGACAACGUUGCUCGUGCACGAAGAGAACGAUCAGAUUUACGGCUUUGCGGGCUGGAAGGUUCCCAAGCGCACGACGACGGCGGUCGUCGCCGAGGCGUCGUCGUCGCUGGCGCCAGCCUUCGACAUGCAGUUGGAAGCGGACGGCCAUGCCGCGCUCGAGAAGGUGCGGGCGGCCCUUGCGGCCACAGCGUUUGUCGUCGUCGACUUUAUGGAGAAGACGCCCGCGCCUGUUGUUGCGGCACCGGCCCCCAAGGAGGAAGAGGAAGACGUGUACGUGGCGCCCAAGUCUCUCACGGAGAACUACCCGAAGCUCAAGAAGCGCAAGUUUGAGAGCAAGGCGACCAAGGACGCGGCCGCAGCGACGGCGGCGCUCAACCCUGUCGACGAAGCGGCACCUGUCGAAGCCUCCAAGAUGGACGUGGAUGCGAUGCUCAAGCAGCAGGAAGACGACAAGCGCAAGAAGCGGCGGGCAGGCUACAACCCGUUCGUUGGCGGCAAGGACGUGGUCAACCAAAAGCGCGGCUACAACGCGCCGCGAAGCUCGACCUUUCGGUAA